UCUGAGCGCCGCUAGCGCUGAGGGAAGGAAGUUGGUCUGGGAGAGGCCUGGGCUGUGUCGGCAAGGCCGCGGGCGGCAGCGGUGGCUGCUUUGACCAACUGAGGGCGGCGCGAUGGGAGACGAGAUGGAUGCCGUGAUCCCCGAGCGGGAGAUGAAGGAUUUUCAGUUUAGAGCACUGAAAAAGGUGAGAAUCUUUGACUCCCCUGAGGAGCUGCCCAAGGAACGCUCAAGUCUGCUUGCCGUGUCCAACAAAUAUGGCCUGGUCUUUGCUGGUGGAGCCAGUGGGUUGCAGAUUUUUCCUACUAAAAAUCUUCUUAUUCAAAAUAAACCUGGAGAUGAUCCCAAUAAGAUAGUUGAUAAAGUUCAAAGCUUGCUAGUUCCUAUGAAAUUCCCGAUACACCAUCUGGCCCUGAGCUGUGAUAACCUCACACUUUCCGUGUGCAUGAUGUCCAGUGAAUAUGGUUCCAUUAUUGCUUUUUUUGAUGUUCGCACAUUCUCAAAUGAGGCUAAGCAGCAGAAACGCCCAUUUGCCUAUCAUAAGCUUUUGAAAGAUGCAGGGGGCAUGGUGAUCGAUAUGAAGUGGAACCCUACUGUUUCCUCCAUGGUGGCAGUUUGUCUGGCUGAUGGCAGCAUUGCUGUCCUCCAAGUCACAGAGACAGUGAAAGUGUGUGCGACUCUUCCUUCCACAGUAGGAGUAACGUCUGUGUGCUGGAGCCCCAAGGGAAAGCAGCUGGCAGUGGGAAAACAGAAUGGAACUGUGGUCCAGUAUCUUCCUACUUUGCAGGAAAAAAAAGUCAUUCCUUGUCCUCCAUUUUAUGAGUCAGAUCAUCCCGUCAGAGUUCUGGAUGUGCUGUGGAUCGGUACGUACGAAUUCACAAUAGUAUAUGCUGCUGCAGACGGAACCUUGGAAACUUCCCCAGAUGUGGUGAUGGCUCUGCUCCCGAAAAAAGAAGAAAAGCACCCAGAGGUGUUUGUGAACUUCAUGGAGCCCUGCUACGGCAGCUGUACAGAGAGGCAGCAUCAUUACUACCUCAGCUACGUUGAGGAGUGGGAUUUAGUGCUGGCAGCAUCUGCGGCUUCAACAGAAGUUAGUAUCCUUGCUCGACAAAGCAGCCAGAAUAAUUGGGAAUCUUGGCUACUGGAGGAUUCUAGUCGAGCUGAGCUGCCUGUGACAGACAAGAGUGAUGAUUCCUUGCCCAUGGGAGUUGCCAUAGAUUAUACUAACCAAGUGGAAAUCCCCAUCAGUGAUGAGAAGACUCUUCCUCCUGCUCCAGUUCUUAUGUUGCUUUCAACAGAUGGUGUGCUUUGUCCGUUUUAUAUGAUCAAUCAAAAUCCUGGCAUUAGGUCCCUCCUCAGGACACCAGAGCGGCUCUCGUUAGAAGGAGAGCGGCAACCCAAGUCAUCAGGAAGUACUCCUACCACCCCAACCUCCUCUCAAGCCCCACAGAAACUCGACACUCCAGCAGCCACAGCUCCUGCCUCUGUUCUGCCUUCAUCAUCGGCCGCUCCCACCUCCACCUUCUCUCUACCUUCUGCUGUUGGAGCCCCUGCCGUGUUCUCCUUUGGUUCUUCUUCCCUGAAAUCAUCUGGUUCUGUCACUGGGGAGGCCCCCCCGUAUUCCAGCAGCUCCGACAAUCCCAAAGCAGCCCUGGGCUCUGGAGUAUCCACCUUCUCCUUUGCGCCUCCUUCUCCAGCCUCCUACGCCCCAACCCCUGUGGCCUCUCCCAUGGCACCACCAGCUGCUUCAUUCUCCUCGGGGCCGUCGGGUUUUAAGCCUACCCUGGAAAGCACACCGAUGCCAAGUGCGUCCGCUCCAAACCUAGGAAUGAAGCCCACGUUCCCACCGUCAGCCUCUGCAGUCAAGGUCAAUCUUAGCGAAAAGUUUCCCGCCGCGGCUCCCCCUGCUCCUGCGCAUAACUCACAGAGCGCGCCCUCGAUGCUGCCCUUCUCCUCUGCCUCCAGGCCCGCUCCCUCCGGGCCCCUCAGCCACCCUGCGCCGCUCUCAGCAUCAUCCAGUUCCACGUCAUCCAAGUCCUCAGUCUCUCCCUCGGCAUCAGCAGUGCGGUCGGCUCAGGGCAUUCCAAGUCCAGCGCCCUCCAUGGUGCAGAAAUCGCCUAGGAUAACCCCUCCGGUGGCCAAGUCAGGCUCUCCCCAGGUGAAAUCACUUCAGCCUCCUGUUACAGAAAAGCAGGGACAUCAGUGGAAAGAGUCAGAUCCUGUGAUGGCUGGAAUCGGGGAGGAGAUCGCUCACUUUCAGAAGGAGCUGGAAGAGUUGAAAGCCCGGACUGCCAAAGCCUGUUUCCAAGUGGGUACUUCCGAGGAGAUGAAGAUGCUGCGAACAGAAUCAGACGACCUGCACACCUUUCUUUUGGAGAUUAAAGAGACCACAGAGUCUCUGCAUGGAGAUAUAAGUACCCUGAAAACAACUUUACUUGAGGGCUUUGCUGGUGUUGAAGAAGCCAGAGAACAAAAUGAGAGAAACCGUGACUCCGGAUAUCUGCACUUGCUCUGUAAGAGACCACUGGAUCCCAAGAGUGAAGCUCAGCUCCAGGAAAUUCGGCGCCUUCAUCAGUAUGUGAAAUUUGCCGUCCAAGAUGUGAAUGAUGUCCUAGACUUGGAGUGGGAUCGGCAUCUGGAACAAAAGAAAAAACAAAAGCGCCUGCUUGUGCCAGAGCGAGAGACACUGUUUAACACCCUUGCUAACAACCGGGAAAUCAUCAACCAACAGAGGAAGAGGCUGAAUCACCUGGUCGAUAGUCUCCAGCAGCUCCGUCUUUAUAACCAAACCUCCCAGUGGAGCCUUCCCUUGGAUGUUCCUUCCCAGAGCAGCACUCACAGUUUUGACAGUGACCUUGAAAGCCUGCGCAAUGCUUUGUUGAAAACCACCGUAGAGUCUCAUACCAAACCCUUGCCCAAAGUACCAGCUAAACUGUCCCCCGUGAAACAGGCACAGCUGAGAAACUUCUUGGCCAAGAGGAAAACCCCGCCGGUGAGAUCUACUGCUCCAGCCAGCCUGUCUCGGUCAGCCUUCCUGUCUCAGAGAUACUACGAAGACUUGGAUGAAGUCAGCUCAACGUCAUCCAUUUCUCAGUCUUUGGAGAGUGAAGACACACGAGCAUCCUGUAAAGAUGACGACGCAGUGGUCCAGGUCCCUCGGCAUGCCCCGGUGGUUCGGACUUCUUCCAUCCAGCCCGGUCUCCUGCCUCAGGCACCUCCUUUUGCGAAAUCUCACCUGAUUCAUGGUUCGCCUGGUGUGAUGGGAACAUCAAUGUCUACAUCAGCUAGCAAAAUCAUUCCUCAAGGGGCUGACAGCACAAUGCUUGCAACAAAAACUGUGAAGCAUGGUGCACCUGGUCCUUCCCACCCCAUCUCCGCCCCCCAGGCAGCCGGCGCUGCAGCCCUGCGACGGCAGAUGGCCAGUCAGGCACCAGCUGUAAGUACUUUGACCGAGUCAACGUUGAAGAGUGUCCCUCAAGUGGUAAAUGUGCAGGAACUGAAGAAUAAUCCGACAGCCCCCUCUGCAGCGAUGGGUUCUCCAGUGCCGUACUCUACAGCCAAAACGCCUCACCCAGUGUUGACCCCCGUGGCUGCUAACCAGGCUAAGCAGGGAUCGCUAAUAAAUUCCCUGAAGCCGCCUGGGCCCACACCAGCGUCCAGCCAGUUGUCAUCUGGUGAUAAAGUUUCAGGACCAGGGGCAACCAAGAUAGAAACAGCUGUGACUUCCACCCCGUCUGCUGUUGGGCAGUUUGGCAAGCCUUUCCCAUUUUCUCCAUCAGGGACUGGCUUUAAUUUUGGGAUAAUCACACCAACACCGUCUUCUAAUUUCACUGCCACACAAGGGGCAACACCCCCCAGUAAAGAGUCAAACCAACUCGACACAUUCUCUUUUGGCGGGGGAGGCAAGUCUUUUUAUGAGACCAUUGCUGAAAGCUCAGCCCCCUCGGGAAUGCCGGCGUCCAGCACCCCUGGAGCUGCUGUUGCCUCCCCAGGAGAGUCCGCUCCCUCCGGCAGCAGACCUGUGCCACCUUCUGGAACUGCUCUUGCCACCCCCUCUAGCAAGCCGGAAGCUCCGCCGUCCAAGUUGGGAGAGCUUCUGUUUCCAAGUUCUCUGGCUGGAGAGACUCUAGGAAGUUUUUCAGGACUGCGUGUUGGCCAAGCAGACGAUUCUACAAAGCCAGCCAGUAAGGCUUCAUCCACAAGCCUAACUAGUGCCAGUGCACAGCCAACCAAGGCUUCAGCCGUCCCCUCCGGGUUUAGUUUUACUGGCCCCGCAGUGUUAGGGAAGCACGCGGAGCCCCCCGUCACCUCCUCCGUGCCCAGCACAGCGGCACCAGCAGCAGCCAGCACCAGCACCAGCACCAGCAGUUCCUCGACUGGCAUCUUUGGCAGUCUGCCACUCACCAGUACGGGGUCCUCUGGGGUAAUCAAUUUUGGUGGCUUAUCUCUAAGUGGUAGUAAGACCAGUUUUUCAUUUGGAGGCCAGCAGAUGAGUAGCAUGGCGCCCUCAUCUGCCCCACCCUCAGCUGCCACUGCCACUCCCUUGCCUGCAUCAUUCCCCACGUCAUUUGGUAGCCUCCUGAGCUCAGCAUCUGCUCCCACCCUGCCUGGGUCCUCUAGUAAAGGCGCAGAAGAAGCCACAUCAUCAGCAGUGCCCGAGAAGCCAGGCAGUAGUGAGACCCCAGCGUCAGCAGCCUCCUCCCUUCUAGGGCAACAGCAGUCAGCACAGCUUCCCCAGGCUGCUCCUCAAACUUCUGACUCUGUUAAAAAAGAACCCGCUCUUGCCCAGCCUGCAGUCAACAGCCUUGGCACUGUAGCGUCUACUACCAGUGUCGCAGCGCCUUCUGCAGAGGCUGCUCCGGCCACCUCCGGGGUCCCAGACGUCAAGACGGAACCGCCAUUUCCGGCUUCCACCCAUCCCGUGCCCGGGCAGACUGUCGUCACCACACCUGCGGUCCCAAGUGCAGUCCCCGUGGCCCCAGAAACAUCAAGACCCCCCACAACCUCCAAUGUCGUUUCCAGUGUUGCUCCCAGCGCAGCUACGGAGAUAGCGGUGUUUGGGACUGUCACUUCCAGCUCAUCUGUCUUUCCCCAGCCACCGGCUGCCAGUUCUAGCUCAGCUUUCAGCCAGCUCACCAGCAACACGGCCACCGCCCCCUCUGCGACCCCCAUGUUCGGGCAGGCGGCAGCCAGCACCGCACCGAGCCUGUUUGGGCAGCAGACAGGCAGCACGGCCAGCACGGCGGCUGCCGCGCCGCAGGUCAGCAGCACAGGUUUCGGGGGUCCGGCCUUUGGCACCGCUGCCACAGGGGUCUUUGGACAGACGGCGUUCGGGCAGGCCCCGGCCUUCGGGCAGUCGACCAGCAGCCAGGCAAGCAGCUUCUCCUUCAGUCAGCCCGGGUUCAGCUCCGUGCCUGCCUUUGGUCAGCCCCCGUCCUCCACCUCCACGUCUACCAGUGGCAAUGUCUUUGGUGCCUCUUCCAGCACCGGUAGCUCCAGCUCCUUCUCAUUUGGACAGUCUUCUGCCAGCACAGGAGGUGGGCUGUUUGGCCAGAGCAACUCGCCUGCCUUUGGUCAGAGUCCUGGUUUUGGGCAAGGAGGCUCAGUGUUUGGUGGCACCUCAGCCACCACUACGACAGCAGCAUCCUCUGGGUUUAGCUUUUGUCAAGCUUCAGGUUUUGGGUCGAGUAAUACUGGUUCUUUGUUUGGUCAAGCAGCCAGCACUGGGGGAACAGUCUUUGGCCAGCCGUCGUCCUCCUCCAGUGGAGGCAUGUUUGGGUCUGGAAACACUGGAAGAGGGGGAGGUUUCUUCAGUGGCCUUGGAGGGAAACCCAGCCAGGAUGCAGCCAGCAAAAACCCAUUCAGCUCGGCCAGCGGGGGCUUUGGAUCUACAGCCACCCCAAAUACCUCCAGCCUGUUCGGGAACAGCGGAGCCAAGACAUUUGGUGGGUUUGCCAGCUCAUCGUUUGGAGACCAGAAACCUGCGGGCACGUUCAGCUCUGGAGGAGGAAGUGUGGCAUCCCAAGGCUUUGGGUUUUCCGCUCCAAAUAAAACAGGUGGCUUCGGUGCUGCUCCAGUGUUUGGCAGCCCUCCUACUUUUGGGGGAUCCCCUGGGUUUGGAGGGGUGCCAGCAUUCGGUUCAGCCCCAGCCUUUACAAGCCCUCUGGGCUCGACGGGAGGCAAAGUGUUCGGAGAGGGUACUGCGGCUGCCAGCGCAGGAGGAUUCGGGUUUGGGAGCAGCAGCAACACCACAUCCUUCGGCACCCUCGCAAGUCAGAACGCCCCAACUUUUGGAUCGCUGUCCCAACAGUCUUCUGGGUUUGGGACCCAGAGCGGGGGAUUCUCCAGCUUUGGAUCAGGCGGAGGAGUAUUCAGCUUUGGAUCAUCUAGCUCGUCUGUCCAGGGCUUCGGCGGCUGGAGAAGCUGAGCGGGUGUCUGUGCUCCUUUCUGUUCCUGUGACCAACUGCGUUCUCAGCUCCUCUUUGCUGAGAAACCCUGGAGCAGUCCUUUGAAAUGGACAUUCUUAUUGAAAUACACACCCAGAAAGAAACAGCGGAAACCAGACUCCAGAGAUGUUUGAUUGCUUGUUUUGUUUUCUGUUCGUUGUUUCCCCUCUGCUAUUAAACCGCUUGGUCUGUUUCCAUACAGAAUGUAUGUGGGUGUUUUCAGGUCACAGCCAAGGAGAGAGGUUUCCUCACUCCUGUGGCCUUGAGAAACCUGCACAGCCGUCCAGCAGACAGCAGUGUCUGUCUUCAAAGGCAGCGCCAAAAAACCCAGCACAGGGUAUUGAGAGGCAAGAGCUUCUCCCAGACAGCCUCCCUGGUCUUCCUUGCCCAGAGCCCUCCCCGGAGGGAAGAGGUCGAGUGCUGGCCAGCCCCCUUUGGAGGAUAUAACAUGGUGUCUCUUCUUCGUGUCCCUUUUGCUGUUGGGUAUCAGGGCCCUCAAGGUGCCAACUUCACGAUUGGGUGGAGGGAGAGAAACUCCCUUAUGCAGUAUGCUGGCAUCACUGAGUUUCAGAGCGGUGGUUGGGGGGUGAGGUGGGCAUGGCGAGCACCCCAGUGAGCACUGACCGGCUGGUGCGCUGCCCUGGAGCAGCUUCCUCGGUCUGGCUCCCCUCCUCGGUCUGGCUCCUGGGCGCCAUGUGUCCCACAGCUCACUUCUACUCUGGAGAAGGGAGGGCAGCUGAUUGAGAAGUUGACUUUAUCUCCAGUAGGCGAUGGUGACAUUGGUCACCGUCCUGGCUCUUCGUCAUUUAACCACAGCACAGGUAGUAGACCCAGGAGUUGAGAAACCGUUGCUCCUGCCCGGGACCACAACAGGAGUCCCGUGGGGUGGCUGAGAGGUCGUAACUCCUGUCUUAUCCAAGUGCUUGUAGCGCAGCGCUCUCAGGUCUGGGCAUGUUAGAACUCAGGCCUGGGCUCGCCCAGGGACGGCCUUGCACAGCGUGGGAGUGGGAACUGGUUCCCUCUAAGGCCCGGAAUGCAGUGGCGUUCCGGCUCGGGCCAUUAGCAGGGGAGGCCUGGAAAGGGGCAGUUGUUUAGAUUUUUACAUACUGGAAAGUUGUGUUUUGAAAAGUUCUAAUAAAAGUUUUCCAUGUGAUGUAAUCUGUCACCUUACA